AGUGGCCGGGUCUGACGGUGCCAUGGGGCCGCUGUGGCUCUGCCUCCUCAUCCUCACUGCAGUCCUCGGUCCCACCGCCCCGCAAGGAGCAGCCACCUGUGUGUCACCUCUCCCAGACCUGAGCAGCUCGGUGUUCGUGUUCCCCCAAGAGUCCCAAAGUGCCCACGUGCAGGUGACGGCCAAGCUGGAGAAGCCCCUGAACAACUUCACCGUGUGCCUCAAGUCCUACACCGACCUCACCCGGCCCUACAGCCUCUUCUCCUACGCCACCAGAAAAGAGAGCAAUGAGAUCCUCCUCUUCAAGCCCAAACCUGGCCAGUAUGACUUCAACGUGGGGAACCAGUUCUUGUCCUUCACGGUGCCUGAAAUUCUCGGGGGGACCCAGCACGUCUGCGUCAGCUGGGAAUCCUCCACGGGCAUCGUGAGCUUCUGGUUCAAUGGGAAUCCCUGGCCCAGGAAGGGGCUGCAGAAGGGCUACAUGGUGGGAGUGCCAGCAUCCAUCCUGCUGGGGCAGGACCAGGACAGCUUCGGGGGUGGUUUUGAUGCCAAGCAGUCCUUCGUGGGGGAGAUUUCAUCCGUGUACAUGUGGGACACGGGGAUCUCCACCAGCGAGGUGGUGUCGGCCAUGUACGACUCACCUGUCCAAACCCCCAUUUUUGGCUGGAAGAAUUUCCCCUACAAGAUUGUGAGUGAGGUGUACCUGAAGCCCUGAGGUUGUGUGGGGGGUGUCCCCAAUCCCUGCUGUGUAACCCCUUCCUCCAAAGCCACCCAACAUUGCAUAAAUGGAGAAAUGUU